UGCAGAAGGCGAGGAUCGAGGGCCCGGCGGAGGUGUAUAUACAGAACGGCUCGACUAUCCGCCUCACCUGUCGGGUCAACACCCACGCUGAUAAUGUGGGAGCCGUCGUCUGGUUCCGCGACGCCCACAGACUCGACUACGAUUCUCCCAGAGGCGGAGUGAGCGUGGAGAUCGAGAAGACUCCCUCGAGGACCACCUCCAAGCUCUUCAUCACUCCAGCCCUCAAGGCCGACUCGGGAAACUACACCUGCGGGCCAGAGUUUGCCGAGGCCGCGUCCGUCCUGGUGCAUGUGGUCAAUGGGGAGGAAUCAGCCGCGGUGCAGAAGGCUCGGUGUCCUGCGGUGUACAGUGACCCUCGAGUGCUGGGCGGCUGCGUCCUCCUCCUACUACUGCUGUGGCCGCACUGUCGGUGACCCGCUCUCCUGAUAACUGGAAUGAGACUGGAAACCCCUUUCAGUAAUCCCUACAUCCGGUGAGGAUAAGAGACUGACCGGAGCACGGAAUACCAAUUGCCGGAGCACGGAACACCCAUCGCCAGAGCACGGAACACCCACCGCCAGAGCACGGAACACCCACCGCUGGAGCACGGCUCACCGCCAGAGCACGGAGCACCCACCGCCAGAGCACGGAACACCAACCGCCAGAGCACGGAACACCCACCGCCGGAGCACGGAACACCCACCGCCAGAACACAGAACACCCACCGCCAGAGCACGGAACACCCACCGCCGGAGCACAGAACACCCACCGCCAGAGCACGGAACACCCACCGCCAAAGCACGGAACACCCACAACCAGAGCACGGAACACCCACCGCCAGAGCACGGAACACCCACCGCCAGAGCACGGAACACCCACCGCCAGAGCACGGAACACCCACCGCAAGAGCACGGAACACCCACAGGCAGAGCACGGAACACCAACCAACUACUCACUCUAACUAGGAGCCCGGAGCACCAGGACCUAGUACUGGAGCACGGAGCAUCAAGCCUUGCAGGUGUUCACAAGGAGCACCAGCCCCUGAAGUAGAUAACGGAGCACAAGGCUCAGCGGACGAAGACGGAGCACCAGUCUAGUAAAGACAGGACAGUGCGCCUUAAUAUCCGUUUCAUGUUGUUAUCCAGAAACCAAAAACUAGGCUCUUCCUGAUGCUACUGAACGCGUCAUAAUUUCCUUGGCUGUCUGUCUGUCUCUUUACGUGCCUCUCUCUCUCUCUCUCUCUCUCUCUGCUACCAUCCUUGUCUCUAGUUUGCUUUGAAGCCCUUUUCUUUCUCUCUUGUUUAGCUUCACGGCUGAAGAGCCCUGUUGGGAGGUCAUUAGGCUAUGUGUGCGUUUUUGCUGUCAAUAUUCAUUUGUUAUUCAUUCUCUCAAUUUUUAUCUUCCAUGCCCUUUUAAUGUUAUGUAUUUUUGUGUUUCAAAAUGUUUAAUUUUUUAUGUUUCAUCAUUUAUUUUCAUCCAGACAAUUCGAACAUGAAAAUUGUUCGGAAUUUUUUUGGACACUGAUCAAAGCAAGAGGUUGAUUAGUUUCAAGAUUAAGGUCUUUCAGUCUCGGGAGGGUUGUUAGAGAUACCUCAUUAACUGUACCAACCAACUAGUACAUACAAGUAUUGUCCUCAUCUAAAAUAAAGUUAACUUAUUAGAUGAAUUUAUUGUCUAAGUUAUGGGAAGAAUGGAGAAAACUAAAAGAUAUAUCGCUAUCAUAUUACGCUGAUUGACUGCGGACUUUACGGCUUCUAAGUCGUCAGACAAGGUAAACUUUCCCAUAUAAGGUGCUAUUUCAGACCUUUUUUCGUUGUGAAUGACUCGUAGAGCAAUCUAUAACAAGCGAGUUCUCCAUAUAACGAGCACUAUAACUGGCAUUUAGCAAAUGGACUAAUAUGUAAUUGAGAUCUUUUCAAUCAUGUGCUGGUUAUAUAGAAAACGUUAAUAUGGUGGAGAGACUCUAUUAUUAUAAAAUGGAACUUUCAUAUUAUCAUGAUCAUCCAAUUUGGCGUCAAAACACAUGUAUGAAUUUCGACUUCACGAGAAUCAACGUUCAAGAACGUUUAUUGUAAUUGUUCCCUCCGCUGAACAAAAUAUUUAAAUGUUUUCAGCGAAAUAUGUGUUUUGAAUGUUGUUGUUUUCGUUCAGUGAAAAUCCUUCCCAUAUAGACUUUUGAUAUGAAAUGUGACCAAGUUGAUAUAUUUUUGUAAGUGAUUGAAAAAAAUGGUGACUAAUUAAUUCUAAGUACAUGUUACUUAAACAGUUCUAUGUUCCUUUCAUAAGUAUA